AUGAGUCUGCGCGAGAUAUUGAUCACCACGGGCAAUAACCCUCUUCCUCGACCCCCUCACACUCCUCCACAACGCCCAGUAACCCCUGAGCGCCGACGUGAACCAGCAAGAGAGUUCCUCGUAUCCGCAGGACCCUCCGCUACCCCAGACAUCCCCCGGCCGCCUCCUCGGCGCUACGGAACAGACUCUGGCUUCCAACCAAACCGUACGGUGGCCACGGAGGACACCCCCGUGCACCAGCUAUAUUACCCACUGUCACUGAGCCUCGCGCUCAAGAAGGACGAGCACAUUUGGAACGAUAAGCAGGGCAACCGCUCGGAGAACACAGUCUUCGUGCUCAUCCACCAGGUCGACGACGACAACGAGGAAGUGUUCGUGUAUCUCAGCCCGACCGAAGCCAACGUCCACGCGCUGGAGCUGAUGGUCAAGAAGCACCCCACGGCAUUUGCCCUGCCGCGCAUCGAGGAAGCCGAGGUCAAGAAGGAGGAAUACGAGCGCGCGUCGUCGGUUGCGCGAAAGAUCGGGCUGAGGACCGCGGUGCAGAGCCAGCAAAUCAUCCGCGUGUCCGACGCCGAGAGCGGCAAUGCGUCGCAACACGUCGUCGAGGAACACGUCUGGAUCAAGAGCGAGGAUCCCGAGGACCAGUUCAGGGCGCGUGCUCCUGAUGUGCGACCGGAUACGAACAAUCGCGGCGAGAUCUUGCUGGGUAUGGGCCCGGAGAUCAAGUAUAUCUACUGGGGCGACUGGAAGAUCGUCUCGCAUGGCUUGAAGAUGGAGGCGCGACAGCUGGACGAAACGAGGACUAAGAUCACGGUUAGCCUGAAGAACCUGCGAAAGCCCAGGAAGUAG